AUGGCCGUUCCAACCUUCCUGCGCUGGGCAUCGCUACAGCACGACGGCAAGGCUCUGCAAGCGCUGCUAAGACCUCUCGGCCUGUCAACCGGAGAUGCGGUGUCCAGCAGCGCCGUCCUUUCAGGGCAGAAGCGAAAGCGAGCAAACGACGCAGAUGAAGAAGCAGAGCCGGCCAAGCGGACAGGCAUGCGUUUCAGAUGCGGACGCUCCGAUGCGGUCGACCUGAGCGAGGAAGCUGUCAACGACAUCUACGAAACUGUUCAAAGAUGGCAUAGCAAAGAGCACCGGGAGAUGAUGCGAGCGCACUUUCAGGGCACAGAUACUUCCAAGAAGGGCAAGACUCAGCUGCCGCGGGCCAACAGCGGGGUUUUCAGCGUGACUCCCACUCUUGAUGCCCACGAGGCAACAGUCUUCGCCUUAAAUGAAAGUCAGCCGGAGCCGGACACAACAAAGAAGCCUCAAGCAGAAGGACGUGGCGCCGCAUCAAUUAACAUCGAAGAGGCGCAGCUCAGGCUAGCUGUCGAGCUGUCGAAGAGGGAAGCAGAGCAGCCAGAGAAGGAGAAGGCCCAGGAGACGGAGAAGGAUCCCCAAUCGAAACAGGCCCAGGCCACACCUGAGGAGAUUCAAACGGAAGCCGUGCCAGCAAAGACUCAGGAUGUCGCAGAUGUCCGUGCGCCAGAGUUCGAAGGGCUUCCGCUCCGUGGAGAAGGGGGAGUUCCAGCUGCCCAAGUCUUCGUGAAGCCGCACUGCCUGGCGGCCCGAGUCGAGGCUUUGCCAGAUGCGCUGGAAAGAUCCAUUGAAAGCAUUGUCCACAAGCUGGUCACGCCAGAUUCCUGGGCGCUGCUCUAUGAGUCCAUCACGGAGGAGCUUUGCCUAAGGGCUCGAUGUGCUGCACAUGCCCUUUGCGCGUCGCACACCGGGGCGAUGGAUCAGUUAGAAGAUGUGGCGACCGACACAGCCAAGCUCCAGGGCUCUUCCGGCAUCUCGCUGGACCAGGAACGCCUCUGUUUGCCCAUCUGGCGGCGAAGUUCCGUCAUGUCUGGGCUCUCGUGCCUCACGGACGGACCGGACGGAACCGGCGCCGCAGAGAAGCUGCGCCUGAACCGGGCACGGCACGACUUCCUGAAGCACGCCAUGCUCGAGUGGUGUGAGCUGGAGGAUCUCACGGAGUUCCUCGAUGCGCAGCUGGGCCCCCUGGAGAUGGCUAUCGACAACUUCCGAGGAAGCCAGGAGGUGAACACGGCGCACACGCCCCACGUCCGGGACAUCGGGCGCCUGAUGUUUCGGAACCACUGCCUUCUGGACUCGCGGGUCUUCAGGCCCUUGUGCUUGGCAGCCUAUGCACUGGUCCAUGAGAUCCAUGGUGCCGCCGGGAAGCCGAAUGCUUCCGCAGAGAAGAGAGAUCCCGACAGUGUGGAUGCCCUUGUCGACCUUCUGGAGCACUUUCACGGCAUGCUGGUGGGUUGCGACGUUGCCGACGACCACUUCUCCUCAUCCAAGAACACCAAGGAGUCCUACGAGCAGAACUUGGUGUCACCAAUUUCUGCUGCCAUGGAUCGCUUCGGUGACAAGGACAUCCGGGGCCAUCCAUCCAGAGACUCAAGCAGAGGCCAGCGCCGCAGCUUGUUGAAGUGCAUGUAA